UCCGUUAUAGAUAGUAGUUUAUUGAUCAGUACGUGAUCAAGUUUAAGGACGAAUGUUUGGAUUUUUUUUGUAUUAAGUGUAACGAAAUGUCGACUUCACGUAUAAGAACAAAGGGUAAGGAUUCUGGAAAAGCCAACGGCCACAUUGGUGGAAAAUCAAAGAAACGAAAAUCUGCAAAUGAUUCGUCCUCUUUUUUGGCAACCAUUUUGCAGCUGGACGAAAAAUACACUUCAAUUUGUGCAAUAUGUGCAAACAAAGACUCGCCAUUAAGCCUUUUGAGACCAGUUAUGAAGCUGCUGGAGAUCUCCUGUCACGGAAUUCCAUGGCUUACUGGCACAGUGCUGUUGAUUCUCUCUGUACACUUGGCUCAUCAUGUGGAAAUGUCGGUGAAUCUUCUGUUUGGUCUGAUCCUUGAUCUGAUCGUGAUCGGCAUCUUGAAGGUUGCAUUCCGAAGAUCUAGACCAAAACACAACGAAAUGGACAUGUUUGCCACUGUUUCAAUCGACAACUACUCCUUCCCAUCUGGUCACGCUUCAAGAGCCGGCAUGCUGGCAUGCUUCUUCUUAAUUGAGUAUCUGAGCUGUCCAACCAAGGAACUGUUGAUUCUUGCCUGGUCUUUUACGGUGACAAUUUCCAGAGUGGUGCUUGGUAGGCAUCACCUUAUUGAUGUGGUAUGCGGUUAUGGGGUUGGGAUUCUGGAAUAUUUGAUGUUAGUUUAUUUGUGGAUACCACAAAAAACCUGCAUGAGCUGGCUUGAGCUCUACUUUAGUCAUUUUCAUUUAUGAAGAAAAUAUUUUGUACCAGUUAGUCAAUUACAAAUGAAUUAAAGUCCAUUGUCAUUCCACUGAGUCAGGCCUACAUAAGUGUUGGGAAUUGAACCAAAUUUUAUUGUUGAUUGUCAGUUUUGAAAACUGAAUGAUGAUCAAUUAAUAGUUUCAUACUUGUACAAAACUUCCCUCUUCGCAUUUAUGCUAUAUUAUUUGAAAAAAUAAUUUAUAACUACAAUAAUGCAUUUCCUCUGUUUAACUUGUAUAAUAAGAAAAAAGAAAAGAAUGAAAAUGUAUAUUUUCAAUAAUUAAUUAUGACAAAAUCAUCAUCAAUAGUCGCAUGUGUUGACCUUUUUGGUCAAUAUUCAAAUAUAAUUGAUCAUCGAUACAACAUUUACAUAUUUCAACAUACUUAAUAUAAAUUAAGUAUGUAAGUGUAAGUGGAUAUUCAGCUACUUCCCUUAUUCAUUUGGAUGUACAUUAAGAGACUUACCGUCUUUAUAAACACAAUAAAGUUACUUUAAAAAUUAUUUGUGAUAAACGAAAAAUAAGUUCAUAUUCAGCCAGUAGGUUCUUUGUGAAAUAGUUCAUAAUUCACUAGAAUUAAAUGGCCCAAACUUUUUUUGAUAUUGAAAAUAUUUUUAGAAAUAAUUGUAUGCCUUCACAUUCUAUAUUGUUGUUGUUAUUUAAUGAAGAUUAUUGAUUUCGUAGUUGUUAACUUGUCAUGUUUUAUGUUUGGAAUUCUUGAUGAUCUGAAUAUAUGUAUGUUUCUCAGUAUAUAAGUUAUUGUUACAGACCAUCAUGAUUCAUCUACUGGUAACACUGCAGUCAAUUGUAUUUAUAUUUUAUAAAUUAAAUAUAAAUUUUUAAUGUAAUUUUCUCUUUAAGAUGUUGUUACUGCUGACUUUCAAGUUUAAGUAUAGUUAAAGAAACAAUUUCUAUCUUAUAUAUUAUCUCUAUUUUCAUAAUUAUCUACAGGUUUAUCCAAAUGUAAAUACCUAAACUGUCCAUGUCAAAUGUAAAGAAUAACGCUUUUGGCCUUCCACACAUUUAAUUUCAGCACAGCAUUUACAAAUGUUAAAAUAUUCAAGUCACAAGACUUUUUAUCUACCUCCCUUCUGUUGUUAGUAGUUUUGUUCAUUUAGGUGCUCAAGCCAGGAUUUGUAAAGGGCAGGGUGUCAGAAAGGGCAGUUUUGAUGCGCAUUGAACAAGCUUAAAUAAGCGCUUGCAAGGGCCAUUGUUGAAUUCAUAUUGUGUACGUGUUGUAAUACUUUCAAUACCUAUAGUUUGUUAUGAAUACCUUAGGCUCUAUAAAUUAUUUGCUAGAUUGUCAUCCCUGCCUUUCCCUCUUUUUUUCUGCAGCCCCUUCGUUUUUAUUGACUAAAAUGAAAGUGUUGAAUGAGGGUCUGUAUAAAUUUGCUUAUCACUUCAGUACUGUAGGGAACGGUGUUUAUUCAUACAAGUCAGUUUUGAUGUAAACAUUCACAGGUAAAAAAGGAGAAUAAUUAUAUGGUAUUCUUCGUUUGUCUAGAGAAAACUAGAAAAACAUGUGUAGUGUCCCUCAUGCAAUAAGAAAAAGCAUGAACACAUAUUCAAAGGUGAAACAGUCCUCUAAGAACAAUAAAAAAUGAAAAAAGGGUUACCGCCCACCGCAUACUAAAAUGGAUGAAAAUCUAGCAAUUGAUUUUUAUUGCCCUUAGCUGUUUCCUUUACUUUAAUGUUUAAAUUAUGUAUAUUAUUUUUAUACCUAUUUCUGAAAAUUGACUGUAAAACAAAAGGGCACAGCAGGGUGUAAUAAAAAUACAGCAGGGUGCUUGAAAAGGCAGCAGUGCGCCCUGCCCUGCUGUUAACACUUACGUGGAGCACUGGUUAUCUACUGGUUCUAUUCUCAAACAGUAAUAUUAGUAUAAAUAUGUUCUUUCCUUGUUACUGUCUGCAUAUUUUAUUGUAUAGAAAUUUAAGUGUUUUAGAUAAUUUUUUAAAAGCUUUUUUUACAUUGGGACCAAUUAAGCUGUUAUCUUGUUGAUGAGUGGUCUUUUAUUAUUGAUUAUAGUUUUACUUAGUUGUUUUGCGAAUGUCUCUUCUAAUGGGGUCGUCAGAUGAAUUCUGAUUUAAUCAUUUAGAGAAGAAGACCACCGAAGUUCCAUAUUGUCAUUAAUUGUCUGUGUUAAGUGGGUUAUGCAGCAGUUCACAAGUGUGUACUGGCUAGUGUAGAGACAUUUGCGCCCAAACUAAGAAAACUCUCUAUAUAUAAUUUUGCUUAAAAAAACCCAAUUAAAAUCGGCAAUCAAGCUGCUCCAAGCUGUUUGGUUAAGCAGAAAUUAACAGUACAUGAUGAUUUACAUGAAGUUAUAACUUGAUGACACUUGGAGCAUGUGAACUGUGUGGUAGUGGAUGUAUUUAGUACUUUAUUGUAAAAAUUAACAUGUUUUCCCGGAAUGUCUUUCUUGCAAUUCACUUGUUGAGUUGCCAUGUGUUUGAACAAACAUCAAUGCAAUUAUGUGAUGUUAUAGUAACUUUGUUUGAGACAGUAAAAUAAAAUGUUGUUUAUUUCAA